UUUGGAUGUAACGCCGGGAAAAACAAGAGGUAGCAGCUGAUGGACUAGCCCAACAACAAUCGCGUGAUGCAACCGCUGGAUGUUUAUGCAACAAGUAGUGCAGAUUUACUAGGAACUAUCAGUUUAAUCUCAAUGGACUUUUCCUCAUUGAUAAGCUUCUCGCCGUUCAUGAAUGAUGAAUCUUUCCACUAAUCCAGUCUUAUUGGAUCCUGCAUGGCAAUAGCCCCUUUAUAAACCAUGUUAAUCCAACUGUUAUUGUUGAUAUCCCUCAGCACCGAGCUAACUCGAGCAUCCAAUCCCUGCGUCGUUCAGCUUAACGCCAAUAGCACAGGCAUCGGCAUCCUAAACGAAACCUUCACAGGUACAGAACACUGCGUCUAUCUGGGAGUUCGCUACGCCCUGGCACCUACCGGAACCAGACGAUUUCAGAAUCCCGAACUCUAUUUCCCGAACGGGUCGCAGAACUACACCGCGUUCGGCCAUAUCUGUCCACAAUGGGACGACAUGAACCAUUGGGGAAAGCUACUGGGCGAUGAGGAUUGCUUGUUCAUGAACAUCUACGUUCCAAGGUCAUUAAAAUUAAGUCAGGAUCAACGUCCACGUUACCCCGUUCUAGUUUACGUCCACGGAGGAUCAUUCGUCAUUGGAUCCGGUCAAAUUUUCGCCACUCACGGAGUUGAUCUUCUCAUGGAUAGUGGAGUGUUGAUUGUUGCAAUCAACUACCGUCUGUCCGCUUUGGGAUUUCUGCGGAUACCCGAAUGGAACGUGACCGGUAACUUCGGUUUGAAGGAUCAACGCGCAGCCCUGCAGUGGAUCCAACAGAACAUCGCAGCCUUUGGCGGAGAUCCCGAUUGUGUGACUCUCAUGGGACACAGUGCGGGAGCUGCAGCCGCAGCUCACCAUCUCUACUCCGAAGUUUCUAGAGGACUGUUCCACCGGUUAAUCCUCAUAGGUGGAUCCAAUCUGGUACCAUUCGGGUUGAUGUAUGCACAAGAUCGGAAUGUUACCGAGAAAGUCAUGUCAGCGUUCAACGUAACUUCCCUGGAAGAACUUCAGCUGAUCGACUACAGAGUAAUCCACACGAAGUACAUCUUUGAUCACGUCGCAUUCAUGAAUCAAUUCUCGCCGUAUUACAUCCCAGCCGUUGAAGAUCCGACCAACUCGGAGGCCAUCAUCGUCAAAUCACCUCAUGAGUUGGUUAAGAGGAAACCGGCAAGUCGGGUUCCGAUUCUUAUGGGCCUGACUGCCACCGAGUUCGAGAGGAUUCUAUACUAUAGAGAUCAACUCUUCCUCGGGCACAAUUUCCCGGAAGACGGCGAUCAACGACUAGACGAAGCCAGAAUCCUCAAAUUUGUGAAGCAGAGAUUGAAUAACGCCACGGACUUCGCCGCAAUCGGUAAACUGGCAAACAUGGCCAACGUGUACUACCCGACGAAGCGACUACUGAGGCACUUGGUAGAGUUCCAAGGCAAUCUGUCAGUGUACUACUAUCGAUUUGAGUUCGACGGCCGCUUCGGGUACUGCAAGUACGAAUACAGCAAAGCGCUGGUACGGGAACGCUUCUACGGAGCGAUCCACGGGGAUGAUUUGGCGUACGUAUUCUCGCCGUACAUUGUGCGCCAAGCGCUGGCAAACAGAAGCGAGUACCGGAAGGAGUGGAAGGUGCACGAGAGGGUCGUUGAGCUGGUGAGCAACUUCGUGAAGUUCGGGAACCCUACAACUAGAGAAAUGUCGGGAAUAACGUGGCCUGCAUACAACGGGGACAAAUCCAAUCCGAUGUAUUUGAACAUAGACGAAGAACUUGAAGUGCGAGCGGACAAUGACAAACAGGACGAGUACUACCGGUUCUGGGAACCCAUCUACCAGUGUAUUUACUAUGGAGAAUGUGAUUCUCUGGAAUUAAUGACAAAUCAUGUAGAAGAUGGAGAACAUUUAGAGCGGGAAGUUAAAUAUAUGGAAGACUGAUAAACUAACGGAUGUUUGAGACUAAUUACAGGUUGGAUGAGGGACGAAUGACCUUCGGGUUGAAGUCCCCCUCAUCAAACAACAACUAAUUACAGAGCUGGAAGCGACAGAGUGUCCUCAAAAUAGAAACUUUGGAAACCCUAAGCUUGAAAAAGAGACCAGAAGAGACAUAAGGAUUCUUCAGAGAAUUUGAUUAAACAUGUGUUUAAGGAGA